CGUUCGAGGCGCUUGUAAUCGGAGCACAAAUUAUUGACUAUUUGUGUGUAUCGCGUCGUGCGUUGUGCCUUGUGCGUGUGUGUGUUUGCUUGUUACUGGCUGGCAGUUGUGAUAAUACAUAAUCGGCCAUAACAUAAACCCGUUUAACAUUUAACGUCUAACAUUUAUUGAUUGCAUAAAUUGCAACGCUUCAUAUUUAAAAACCAUGGCUCGGCAAGGUCGAGAGGUGGCGUUGGUGCUGUUGGUGGUCGUCGCCUGCCUCGCUGGCAGCGCAUGCGCCUACAACUUGUCACCGCGCCCCAAUAGGGAAAUCAAAGAUCCACAACUGGCUCCGGUGAUGCCGAAAGUGCGUGCGUCAUAUUUCGGUUAUAGCCUCAGCCUGAGACCGCACGGUGUUAUUGUGGGCGCUCCACAGGCCCAGUCGACGCUGGAGGCGCAGCGCAAGGUCAACGAGACGGGCGCCAUAUACAAGUGUUCGCUGCAGAGCGGCACCUGCAACCCAUAUGUGUUCGAUGGCCAUGGCAAUCGGAACAUUGAGAACACGGAAUACACAUGGGACUCGGAGCGACGAGACUUUCAGUGGCUGGGUGGCUCCAUGGACGGUGGCACCCGGGAUGAGGAUAAGCUGUUGGUGUGUGCGCCGCACUUUAUAGCGCCCUCGACGAAAGAUUACCAUAUGCACGGCAUAUGCUAUUGGGUGGCCGAUACGCUCGCCGAUCAGCCACAGAAUGUCACGAAAAUCUCGCCAUUGCGCCUGAAGACGGAGCAGGUGAAGGAGGACAAUGAUCAUCGGUAUUAUUUCUAUAUCCUGGCAGAGCAGGGACUCAGUGCUCAUGUCUCGGAUGAUGAUGAGCAGUUCUUGAUCGGGGCACCGGGCAUCUAUACGUGGCGCGGCUCGGUCAUACGUUAUCGCAAGGUCUACCAGGUGGACGAUCCGUCAGCGAGUCGUCGUGACACAAGUCGUCAACUGCGUCGCAAGACACGUGGCAGUGGCGACUAUAUCGAUUACGAACCUGAGGUUUUCUACAAAACGGACAUACCAAACCCAAAGAACUGGGCCCAAUCGGAUGAUUCAUAUUUCGGCUAUUCAGUUAGCUCCGGCCACUUCGAUAGCACAAACCUCAAGCGCCUGCUGUAUGUGGCCACAGCCCCGCAGGCCAAUGAGCAAUCGGGCGAGGCAUAUAUCUUCGAUAUACACGGCGCGAACAUCGAAUCGUUUCACGUGUUCCGAGGCGAGCAAUUCGGCGAAUACUUUGGCUAUGCAGUGCUCGCCGAGGAUCUCAAUGGGGACAAUCUAACGGAUGUGAUCAUCUCUGGGCCACAACACGCGCUCGAAGACUCGCACGAUAAUGGUGCAAUCUACGUGUUCUUGAACAAGGGACGGUUCAAUUUCGAGAUGAAGCAACUGCGCUGCCCGCCGCCUGUGACGGCCAAGGCACGUUUUGGCACCACGCUCAGCAGACUGGGCGACAUUAAUCACGAUGGCUAUAACGACAUUGCUGUCGGUGCUCCAUUUGCGGGCAAUGGAUCUGUCUUUAUAUAUCUGGGUAGCGAGACGGGUCUGCGGGAUAAGCCCAGUCAGCGCUUGGACUCGCCACAGCAGCAGCCUUCCAAGUAUGGCCAGCACAUGUUCGGACAUGGCCUUUCGCGUGGCUCCGACAUCGACGGGAAUGGCUUCAACGACUUUGUCGUGGGUGCGCCUAACGCCGAGGCCGUCUUCCUCUAUCGCGCGUAUCCAGUGGUCAAGAUCUUGGCCACCGUUCGCUCUCAGAAUCGUGAAAUCAAACCAGAUCAGACUCGUGUUCAAAUCACGGCCUGCUAUGGCCUCUCCACAACAGCCAAGGGCAGCUCGGCCCAGCAGCAGGAAAUUGCCAUGAAAAUUGUGAUCGAUGCACAGUUGAAGCGUGCAACAUUUACUCAAUCUCAAUCCAGUGAGCUGAGCUUCAAUGCCACAGCGGGCACCACACAACAGUGUCGCGUCUUUGACUGCGAGGUGCGCUACAGCGAAAAGGAUAUAUUCCAGCCGAUUGAGCUGGAGAUGCACUACGAUCUGACAAAGAAGGUGCCAGACUCCGAGGUAUUCUGUGACACUUGUGUGGCUGUGGAUCCCGAUGAUCCAAAGGUCUACACAGAGAAAAUCAUCUUCAGCACGGGCUGUGCCACAGAUGUUUGCAUAGCCGAUCUGAAGCUGACUGCCAAGGACUUGAGCUCGAGUUAUAUUCUGGGCAGUGGCAAGACACUACGCAUCAAUUAUGAGGUGACCAACAAUGGAGAAACUGCUUAUUUGCCACAGUUGAAUGUCACGAGCUCGAGUCGCUUGAACUUUGCCCAAAUACCUGGCAACUGCAAGGUCAGCGAGGCGGUCAUGGUCUGUGAUUUGAAUAAAGGCAGACCGUUGGGCAAGGGCGAUAAGGAUAGUAUUACCAUCAGCUUCGAUGUGAGCAGUCUGACGGGCAGUGCCCUGACUAUCAACGCCGAGGUCUUUAGUACUGGUCACGAGCUAAACCCCAAUGAUAAUAAGCUAAGCAGCCUGAUUGCACUCAAGGAGUACACCGAAAUCGACGCAUCCGGUGGUCAGACCAAUGAAGCUAUCAAUCUGGAGCACUAUAAGAACUCUGCCGUAAUUGUCAACAACUAUGAAAUCAAGAGCAAUGGGCCCAGCAAUGUGGAUGGCCUGGAGCUCGUCUUCCAUAUUCCAGUUGCCUAUAAGAUAGCUGGCUCCACAGCCACCAUACCCAUCAUCAAUGUGAGCAACAUAACCAUGCAGGCUACAUACGAUUCGCAGCUGGUUUCCAUUGAGCUGCUCGAUCCGAACAACACACAGAUUAUUAUGAACGCCGUUGAGAUCUCAACAACACGCACGAGUGAGCACAAAGAGCGUGUCGUCGUUAGCCAGAACGGUGCGCAGUAUGAUGUCAGCAGCAGUGGGCAUACGGAGCAGAGCUGGCAGGAGUUGGACUCGGAUGCAGUGGCUACAGCGUCCAUGACGCGUAAGCGACGUGAUUUGAAAGCUUUGACUGCCAAUCGAGAGCAAUAUGCGCGCAUUUCGAACGUCAAGGCGCAUGAACUGCUCAGCGAGGACUUCAAGGGCAAGUUGCCAGUGAAUCGCACCAUUGUCUUCAAUUGUCGGGAUCCAACGAUGACCAUCUGCCUGCGGGCUGUGAUGCGCGUUUACAAUUUCAAGCCAGAGAAGCCAAUCAAUUUGAAUAUGCGCUACAGCGUCGAUCUGAACGAGGUGAAUGCAAUUCUCAUCGAUCCCUGGGAGUUCUUUGCCAUACUCAUCGAUUUGAAUGUGCGCAAAGAGGGCGAUCCAACGGGCAGCUCGCUUCUGAUUAGGCGCAAAAUUGAUCCAAAUGUCAUAUCGAAGCAUCUGGUAAAAAGUCUGCCCAUCUGGGUAUGGAUUCUCUCCAUACUGGGUGGCCUCUUGCUGCUGGCUGCCAUUACCUAUGGCAUGUAUAAGGCGGGCUUCUUUAAUCGUUCAACGAAGGAGGAACUGGAUAAGCUGGUGCAUCAAGGCGCCGUGGAGCCGGAAGCGGAGAACCUUAACAGUGGCAAUAACUAAGCUCAAAAAAUUGUGAUCCAUAUUGCUAAGCCUUAGACAAGUACAUCACAUUACGACAAAUGAAAAGUAGCAUCGAUACCAACGGACAGUUGGUUAAUACCAAAAACAAAAAAAGUUAAGGAUAAACGAACAGGUGUGUUCUAGAUCAAGUAAUCUACAGAGGAAUAUGUGAAGAUUGAAAUAUCUAUAUAUAGAUAUUGUAUCUAUAUAACUAAAACCUAGUGCAAGUUGUAAGCCGCGAAGCAUAGAAUGUUCUUGUGGAUAUUGUUGGAAUUUUUUGGAAAGUUAGUUGAGAUAAUGUUAUUUAUAUAGAGCUGAGCUUGAGGCACAGAAAAGUCAAGCCAUAUUGCCAUUAUUUGUAAAUAUUUAUAAAAUAUUACUAAAAGAAAAGAUAACUGUUUAGUUUUUAAGCUACGAUGGCAACGUAAAAGACUUACAGAUUUUAUAAACAAUGUAAAUGAAAGAAAACGAAAAAAUAACUGAAAACGACGAAGAAAAAUAGGCUAAAAUUUAAGUGAGGAAAGUAUUAACUAAUUGUUUUGCUUUAAGUUAAACA